AUGGUACAAGCAGAAAGUGCCUAUGAAAUCAUGACCGACCCUGAUACGGAGGACCAGAUACAGCCUGGGCAGGAUCCAGAUCCGAAGAAGCGACGCCAUGAGCAAUACACAGUGGGCUGGGUCUGCGCUUUACCGAAGGAACAAACAGCUGCGAUUGCCAUGUUGGAGGAACGUCACCUGGACUUACCCAAGCCAUCGACAGAUAGCAAUGCUUACACCCUUGGCUCUAUCGGAAAGCAUAUGAUUAUAAUUGCCUGUCUGCCAAAAGGACAAAUCGGAAACAACUCAGCAGCUACAGUAGCAACUCGACUGGUUUCUACGUUUCCUGCUGUGAAGGCUUGCUUCAUGAUUGGUAUUGGGGGCGGCAUCCCCCCGAAAGUUCGACUUGGUGAUGUCGUCGUUAGUACACCAAUUGGACAAUAUCCAGGUGUUGUCCAAUGGGACUUUGGGAAGGCUCAGGAAGGCGGCCGCUUUGAGAGAACUGGCGCCCUCAACAACCCCCCAGGAUUCCUUUUGACGGCGCUGGCUAAGCUGGAGAGUACGCAUGAGAUGGAAGGAUCCAAGAUCAAUGACUUUCUAGAAGAUAUGCGUCGAAAGUGGUCGAGACUGGCCCCAAAGUACUUGCGUUCGGCUUCCCUCGAAGAUGUCUUGUUCAAGGCAAACUACAAGCAUGUAGAAACAGCAGACGAAACGGACGAAGACGAUGAGGAAGAGGAAGUAGCUUGUAAGCUAUGCGACCGAACACAGGCAAAGAAGAGGAAAUCUAGGGAUAUGCGCGUACACUACGGGCUUAUCGCCACGGGAAACCAGGUGAUCAAAGACGCGAUCUUCCGAGAUGAGCUUAACAAAAGUCUGCAUGGUCAAGUUCUCUGUGUCGAUAUGGAAGCUGCAGGGCUAGUAGCUAGCUUCCCGUGUCUAGUUAUUCGGGGCAUUUGCGACUAUGCCGACUCGCAUAAGAACAAGCAGUGGCAAGAACACGCGGCUGCGAUUGCUGCAGCCUUCGCCAAGGAGCUUCUGAGUUAUGUACAGCCUCAGGAUGUGGCCGAUGAGCGUCCAGCGAGGGAAAUCCUUCAAGACAGUUAG